CAUAGCUAGCCAACGUCACAACAAAAUCCCGGAAGUGUCAGUCUGAAAACAGACCCGUCGCCGUUAGCUAGCUGAGUGUUUCAAAAUCUAUUUGCUAAAUCGUCUCAUUUUAAACAGUUUAUACAAACGAAAUACUCCUAUUUAUCUUUUAGAAAAUGGGAACCAGAGAUGAUGAAUACGAUUAUCUGUUUAAAGUGGUUCUGAUAGGAGACUCGGGUGUGGGCAAGAGCAACCUGCUCUCUCGUUUCACCCGGAAUGAGUUUAACCUGGAAAGUAAGAGCACCAUUGGAGUGGAGUUUGCCACCCGCAGUAUCCAGGUGGAUGGGAAAACGGUGAAGGCUCAGAUCUGGGACACGGCAGGACAGGAGCGCUACCGGGCUAUCACCUCGGCGUACUACAGAGGCGCGGUGGGGGCCCUGCUGGUCUAUGACAUUGCCAAGCACCUGACCUAUGAAAAUGUGGAGCGGUGGCUGAAAGAGCUGAGAGACCAUGCAGACACCAACAUCGUCAUCAUGCUGGUUGGCAACAAGAGUGACCUGCGUCACCUCCGGGCCGUGCCCACCGACGAGGCUCGGGCCUUCGCAGAGAAAAACGGUUUGUCUUUCCUUGAGACGUCAGCCCUGGAUUCCACCAACGUUGAAACGGCUUUCCAGACCAUUCUGACAGAAAUCUAUCGAAUCGUCUCUCAGAAGCAGAUGUCAGAGCGUCAGGAGAGCGACAUGUCUCCUAGCAACAAUGUGGUCAACAUCCAGGUGCAGCCCACUGAGAACAAACCAAAGAUGCAGUGCUGUCAGAACAUCUAGCCCCGCUCAUGUUACCACUACACCUCUACCCCCUUAUAUACCCUGUACCCCCACCUAUACUCCCUCAUAUACCCUGUACCCCCACCUCUACUCCCUUAUAUACCCUGUACCCCCACCUCUACCCCCUUAUAUAC